AUGGAGAAUAUUACAUUGGUAAUGCAGCAGGCGAAGAUGGCAACAAGAAAGUUUUCAGAAAUGAUAUAUGUGCCAGCAGAAGACAUAGAUGACGCUAAAGAAUCACUAGAAAGCAAGCAUUUGCAAAAGGAAGUGGUAAAUGAUAAGAGUGAUCAAGAUAAAGAUGAAACUGAUCUGAACAAUGUGGAAAUUAUUAAUGCUUCUGCAGCAGUUGAAGCUGCAAAGAAAUAUGCCAGUUCCUUGUUUUCAUUAGCCAAAGAAGCUACUGUUAAAGCAGCUAUAACAGCAGAAGAAACUGCAAAGAAGCUUCAAACUGUUGUUGCUGAAAAGACACCGAUUGGCAUUUGGGAAAAAGAACAAGCAAAAUUUAACGAAGAGAUGAUUAUUAAUGAAUCAAACACUACAGCUGAAUUACCUUGGUCAGACAUACCAGAUCAGUGGAUUGUUAAAAAGCAUAUUUUGGCUCUGUCAUUGGAUAGUCGUAAUUUUACUCGCGAUCCUCCAUCAGAAACAAAUUUCGAUUUGACGCAAGUGCAGUCAGUAGCAAUCAGACUCCUUGAAGAAGAUCCCAAUUUGAGGAAAAUUAGAUUCCAGCUUGUUCCAAAAAAAUUAAGUGAAGAACGUUUCUGGAGAAAUUACUUCUAUCGGAUAUCAUUGGUACGCCAAUCAGCUUUGAAAGAAAAGUUAGCUGAAAUUCCAGUAUGCUCAGAAAAUUUUAAAGGAGUUGGAAAUGUGAAACCAUCUGACUUAGUCUUGACAAAUGUUUCUGGAGAAGGAAACAAAGAAGCAAUAGGUUUUUCGGGAACUAAUAAUGAAGAAAGAAAAGAAGUAAUUGGAGUCACUGAAACUAGAAAUGGAAAGUUGAAUGUAGAAACACAAAAAAAAGUUGAUGAAGACUGGGAGCAGGAAUUGGUCAAUGAUUUUAAUGAUUAUGAAGUUAUAAACAGCAGAGUGGAUAAAACAGAUCAGCAGUGGGAAGAUGAAAUCAUUCAGUUACUUGAUUCAUCAUGA